AUGGUUCCCCUCGCAGACAGCACAUUGGCCAUCAGUUCAUCCAUCAACAACAACAUUCUCCUUGUUGAUCAAGACUCCCUCGCCGUGAAGCAUACCUUGCACAAAGCCCACGACGAUGUCAUCACGGGCAUGUGUCAGGGGAAUGAUCCUUUUGAAUUGUACACCAGCAGUCGCGAUGGAACAGUCAAGUUAUGGGAUGCACGCACGCGUCGAACAGCGCGUCAAUACCGUGCAGCGGCAGGUGUCCUCUCUCUAGCGCAUCAUACGGCACAAAAUAAAGUGGCACUCGGUACAGAACUCAAGGGAACGGAUGCCCUCGUUUCUGUAUAUGAUGCGCGCGGUAGCGCUCCGCUUGUGGUGUAUGCCGACUCGCAUGCAGAAGAUGUAACGAGUCUCAACUGGCAUCAUACCCAUAACUUGCUGUUGUCUGGUGGUGGGGAUGGGAUCGCGACGUUGUUUGAUACAAAUGUCACGGAUGAGGAUGAUGCCGUCCUCCAAGUCAUCAACCACGGCGCCAGUCUCCAUGUUGCUCAAUUUGUGGGCAAAAAUGAAGUCCUUGGCAUCUCACACAUGGAAACAGCCUCCCUCUACAAAUUAUCAUACGCACAGGAAGACUCGCCGCGCGACGCAGUCAAGGAAUUUGGCGAUUUGCGUGCAAAACUCGGCGUCGACUAUGCCAUUAGCUUCUCCUCCGGCUCUGAACCGAAACUCUUUGCUGGCUCAACAGAGACGGGACUUGUGUCUAUUAUUCCAUUCAACCUCAAUACAAUGGACUUUGAUCUUGAUGGACGACUCGACAUGGAAGGCGGCACAGAGGUCAUUCGUGCAUGCUACCUCGAUCAAACACCAAAACAAGGCGGUGAUGUUCUCUAUACCUGCGGCGAAGACGGCGUGUUGCGUUGCUUUUCACGCACAAGUGUCUUGCAAGAAGAAGAAGCCAAGCAACAACGCAAACGCGAACUUCGCGAAAGUAAGAGUGCACAGCGCAAGCACAACAGAUUCGAGCCAUACAAGAAAUGA